AGGCUAUGGGGCGGCGCAAGUCCAAGCGGAAGCCCCCCCCCAAGAAGAAGGUGACGGGGACGCUGGAGACUCAGUUCACGUGUCCCUUCUGCAACCACGAGAAGUCCUGCGACGUCAAGAUGGACCGUGCCCGAAACACGGGGGUCAUCUCCUGCACCGUCUGCCUGGAGGAGUUCCAGACGCCCAUCACCUACCUCUCGGAGCCCGUGGACGUCUACAGCGACUGGAUCGAUGCUUGUGAAGCUGCCAACCAAUAGCAAGGGGGGGGCCCCAGUUCCCCCCCCCCCCGUGCCCCCCAAGAUACUGGGAUGGGGGUCAAGGACAUUGG